GGGCGCAUGCCCUGCGACCUCGCUCCAUCCUUCUCGGGUGAUUCCCCGGCAGCGGAAUUGCGUUUAUUGGGCGCGUCGCUUCACAGGAUCAGCCUGCUUGCAUGGCAUGACGUGACACCGAAAAGUCUGCAGACGCAAAGAGGCAAUCAUCCGCGUGUGGGGGGGUUUGGAAAAGAUCCGCACCUGCAGAACCGGCAGACAGAUAAAUAACAUUACAUUGGAACUCUGCCGCACACCUGCGUUGUAUUCCCAAACAUUCCGUCAUCCCACCGGAGCCUCGUCCAUGGCUAUCGGCGACAGCAACACCUACAAGUCUGGGACUAUGGCAGACACGCCAGACAACACCAUCGGCCAUGACCGGCCACGCCGCCCAACAUCGGUCUCGGUGCCGUCGGUGGACGAGAAGUCGGCCGGUGUGCGCCGCGUCGAGGCCAUUGCCGCUGUGUUGACCACUUGGGAUCGCGUCGCUAUUUUCUUCGGUGUCUUUCUCGUCGCCUUCGCCUACGGCCUGGACGGCACCGUCCGCUACGCCUAUCAGCCAUAUGCCACGGCCUCGUUCGAUAAUCAUUCGUUGCUCUCCACCGUCAACGUGCUGCGGUCCGUCAUUGCUGCUGCCGUCCAGCCCACCGCGGCAAAAGUCGCCGACAUCUUUGGACGCGCCGAACUCGUGGCCUUGUCGGUCUUCUUUUACGUGAUCGGAACCAUCGUGGAGACCGUUUCUACCAAUAUCGAGACCUAUGCCGCGGGUGCCAUCAUCUACCAGAUCGGCUACACCAUGAUCAUGCUGCUGGUUGAGGUGAUUGUGGCCGACCUAACGUCGACCCGCGCUCGUCUCAUCUUCAGCUAUAUCCCUGCCAUGCCCUUCCUCAUCACCACCUGGGUGAGCGGCAACGUCUCGCAGUCUGUCCUUUCCGUGACCGACUGGCACUGGGGCAUCGGCAUGUGGUGCAUCAUCUACCCCGUCUGCGCCAUGCCUCUGAUUCUAAGCUUGGCCCUCGUUGGCCGCCGCGCGCGGAAACAAGGCCUCAUGGACAAGUACACCGAAGACGUCAAGAGCAAACCCUGGGGCGCGUUCCUCGUCGACCUCUUUUGGCGACUGGACGUCAUUGGCAUCAUCUUGAUGAUUGCCAUCUUCGCACUGAUUCUCGCACCAAUGACCAUCGCCGGCGGCUUCGAAGCCUCGUGGACCGCCCCGCAGAUUCUCGGACCCCUGAUCGUCGGCAUCUGCUGCAUUCCCGCCUUUGUCGUGUGGCAGCUCCGCGCCCCUCACCCCCUGGUGCCCUUCUACCUGGUCAAGGACCGGGCCGUGUGGGGUGCGCUAGGCAUUGCCAUGCUGCUCAACUGGUCUUGGUACAUGCAGGGCGACUACCUCUUCUCGGUCCUUCAGAUCGCCUUCGACUUUGACACCAUGACGGCCACCCGCGUUUCGAGCUUCUACAGCUUCUUCAGCGUCGUGUCCGGCUGCAUUCUAGGCCUCAUAGUCUACAAAGUCCGUCGGCUCAAGGUCUUCAUCUUUGCCGGUACCUGCCUCUUCAUGGUUGCCUUCGGCCUGUUGAUUCGCUACCGCGGCGACCCCGACUCUGCCAGCCGCGCCGGCGUCAUUGGCGCCCAGGUCGUCCUCGGCAUCGCGGGUGGCAUGUUCCCAUACCCGGCCCAGGCAUCCCUCCAGACGAUUCUCAAGCACGAGCACCUCGCCGUCAUGACAGGUGUGUACCUCGCCACCUACAACCUCGGCUCGGCCUUCGGCGGCGCUGUGUCGGGAGCCAUUUGGACCCAGGUCCUGCCAGUUGACCUCAGCGAGCGCUUCGCCGCGUUCGACAACGCAACGCUGGCAACUUGGGCCUACGCGGACCCGUUUGCCUUCUCGCUCCAGUAUCCUGUCGGCACGCCCGAACGCCAGGCGCUUAUUGACUCGUACAAACACGCCCAGCGGCUGCUGACCAUCACGGGCAUUUGCCUCUGCGUCCCUCUCAUUGCGUUUGCGGCCGUGUUGCGGAACCCGAAAUUGAACGACCAGCAGACUCUGGCGCAGGACUCGCCCCUAGGUCAUGCUGGUGUGGCUGAGGAUGGUAGGGCUGGGGAGCAGAAGGUGUAAGGAUACCCAGGAGUAUGUGUGCAAUCGUGGACGAUAUCACAGAAGGUCGAUUAAGGGACCAGGAUGUGUGGCGCAGAUAUACCCAGGAGGAUGAGUUGAGCCAAGGCGAAGUCAUAGUUUGGAAAGCCAUGCUAAAUAUUUACGCAGUAAUGUGAUGAGGGGUGUUCUUUCAAGGGAUUGACUAUGGGUUGAACACAUUGCUUACCUUACUCCUCGAGAAGCAGUGAAUCCUCCAUAUUCCGGGAGUUGUCCGUGUUGAAGAUCAAGACUCC